AAACUCCAACAGCAAGAACGACCGUCGGAACCGGAAGUUCAAGGAAGCGGAGCGGCUCUUCAGCAAGUCCUCCGUCACCUCGGCCGCUGCGGUCAGUGCCUUGGCUGGAGUUCAGGACCAGCUGAUUGAGAAGCGCGAGCCCGGCAGCGGUACCGAGAGCGACACUUCCCCGGAUUUCCACAACCAAGAGAAUGAGCCGAGCCAGGAAGAGGUGGAAGACCUGGAUGGGUCCGUUCAGGGGGUGAAACCCCAGAAAGCGGCCUCUUCUGCCUCCGGGAGCCACCACAGUAGCCACAAAAAGCGGAAGAAUAAAAACCGACACAGGAUUGAUCUCAAGUUGAACAAAAAACCACGAGCUGACUACUAGCAGUCCUCCAGGAUGAAUCUUCCAGGAACUCUUCUCCUUCCUUCCUUCUCAAGAGACUGAAUAAGCACAAGCCCAGCUCUUUCCUGCAGCAGCCUAUACACCAGCGGCCCUGCUGGCUGAAACAGCUGCUGCCAAUUCAUCAUGCAUAAAAUCCAUGAAGUAAAGUCCUCUCUACUUGCUGCCAUCUUCUGGUUGAAUUGUUUUGUCUUAUGUAUUUGGCUCUUUUUAAAAAAAAAUAAACUUUAUUUAAUUUUCCAUUUGUUAAAGAUUAAGACAAAUUGUCUGCUGGAUGCUUUCAUUCUUCAGAGCCCAAAUACUUUUUUCAAACUGGAAAAGGUGAUUUGAUUUUACUCUGAAACGCCUGCUAACUUGAGGGAAAAACAUGGAUAUGUGGGGCAAGCAGUCUCCUUUUUAAUACGUAUGUCUCCUUAUUGUAAAUAAAACAUCUACAUUCACUUUA